AGUGGGUUCUAUUAAGUGUGUUAAAUAUAAAUGUCAGAAUGGUAUAAAUCUGAGUAUUUCUUGAAAUGUACAGUGUAAAUGCAGUAUUAUUGACAUAUUGAAUUUGUUGGUAUUUAACUGCAAUCCACAAUAAAUUAUCAUUGUUUUCCUGUCAAAGAGUUUAAUUUCCCCUGAUAAAGUGGAUAUUUGGUCAAAUUAUUCCAUAAAAUAAUAAACAACAAAACUAUCAAAAGUUUCUUUAAGAACAUAAGAUCCAAUAAAUUGUCUUCAUAUUGAUAAAAUAUCUAUACAUAGAUAUCUAAUAUAUAUAUGCACUCCUCUGUGGUGUCUAAUAUUUAACAUACAGACGUGUUUAUAAAAUGUUUAUUUUGACGUACUUUCGCUUUCAGGCGCCCUGUUGCUAUGCGGAUUUCGCGAGAUAAAUUCAUCUGAUUUGUAACUGGGCAGACCAGGAAAACGCGCCCAAUCAGAAUAAUCCCUGUCAGAAGAAUAAUUCCGCUCGACCAAUGGGAUUUCACCUGCUUUUGGUAUCCGGGUAGCUUUCUGACAGCUGACCAAUCGGAAUAGACGCUGGCUUUGUAGUCAGGCAGACAUAACAAAGUCGUCCAAUCACAAAAAAAUCUGAAAGGGGGAUUUUUGCUGUAUCUUGGCUCAGGUACUUUCUUUUUUCUUUUUUAAAAUAAAUACUCAAAUGGGACUCACCGAACCCAUCAUACAUUAAUAACAGGAUCAAUAAACUAUUAACGGGGAUUAUUUUGAAAUUAUAAAUGAUGGUGGAACUCAGCACUGGUUAGUUGGUCCAGAUGUCGGAGGACCAACGGCACCAGCGGGCCGACGCCUCCCAGCGGGGGGAUGGCAGUCUGGAGGCGGGGGAGGGCGACACAGAGCCCAGCAUGCUGCUGCAGAAACUCAAGAGCAACAUCUCUAAGAGUGUUCAGACCAAAGUGGAUCAGAUCCUGCAAGACGUUCAGCGUUUCUCCGACAACGACAAGCUGUACCUGUACCUCCAGCUGCCCUCUGGACCCAGCUCCGGAGAAAAGAGCGGCGGCGACUCCAGUUCGUUCAACACAGCCGACCAGCUUCACACCUGUAACUGGAUCCGCAGUCACCUGGAGGAGCAUUCAGACACCUGUCUGCCCAAACAGGACGUCUACGAGACUUACAAGAGAUACUGCGAGAACCUGCAGCAUCGCCCUCUGAGCGCCGCCAACUUCGGGAAGAUCAUCAGAGACAUCUUCCCCAAUAUCAAGGCCCGACGGCUCGGCGGCAGAGGACAGUCCAAGUACUGUUACAGCGGCAUCAGGAGGAAGACUGUUCUCAACAUGCCUCUGCUGCCCAACCUGGACCUGAAGAACGACCCGGCUGAGCUGACUGAGCUGGUCCAGACAUACAAACAGGAAGUGACGGAGGCGGCGUGCGAGCUGAUCUGUGACUGGGCGCAGAAGAUCCUGAAGCGUUCGUUCGACACGGUGGUGGAGAUCGCUCGUCACCUGAUCCAGGAGCACAUCGUCAACCCUCGCUGCAGCCAGGCCGAGCUGGUGACCUCCGCCGCCCUCGCAGGAGGUCCCGCCAAACCGCACAAGGUCAUCAAGAAAACGCCCGUCAUCUCUAAAGCUGGCAGCGACGGAGCUGCCGACCAGAAGAAGGAUCUCGGAGACUCUUCGUCCUCGUCUUCACUGAAGCCGCCGUCUGGAGACAAAUCAGCAGCCAAGCCUUCCUCCCUGGACGCUCCUCCUCCUCCCUCCUCCUCCUCGCUGCGUCCUGCGGUGGAAGCCUUCAUGAAGCAGUUACCCAGAAUCCUCCCUCGGAGCUCCAUCCCUGAUAAGACCCAGCUCUCCGUCCGCUCCUCUCCGCCCUCGCUGGCUCCCAAAGACGCCUCAGGUGUCGGUGUGGCGUCUGGACCCGGAGGCCCAGCUGCCGCCGCCGCCGCCAGCGGCGGUGGGGUGAAGGUCAUUGCUAUGGCAACGCUGCCCCAGCAGCAGGGCGGGCCUGUUCCGGUGAUGAUCUUGCCUCAGGGCUGUCUGUCGUACGAGCGGGAGAAGAUCGCCCCGCUGCAGCCACCUCAACCUCCUCCUCCUCAGCAGCAGCAGCACGCCCUUGCGGCCCCCACCUCGGUGGUCCAGAAAGCACGAGGGAACGCCAUCAAGCGCCCCCUGGAGGUGGUGGCGCCAGGCGGCGGCUCUGUGGGCGUGUCUGCUCCUCCGGUGAAACGGAAACGUGGACGACCAAGAAAACCUCGGCCGGAGGAUGCCCUUCCUCCUCCUCCUCCUGCUGCUCUUUCUCCCAAGCCCCCGCCUCCUGCGCCGCCCUCCCACCCUUCCAUCAUCACCUCCUUGACUGGCGGCGUCAUCCAGAAAGCUUCUUCCUCAUCCUCCUCACAGCCGGUGCUGGAGCUGGUGAUCCAGGACCAGCCGGGGCUGGUUCUGAGUCAGCUGCCGGCGGUGUCGGACCCGGGUCACCGGCUGAUGGAGCACCGCGGGGUGGUGGUGCAUUGUCAGCCAGGCGGGGCGGUGGAGCCGGACCGCCACGGCAGGCCGCUGCUGCUGUUCCAGAGCCCAGGCAACCCCAGCUGGGAGCUGGCGGCGGCGGCGGGACGGACCCCGAUGGUGGAAGUCAUCCAGAAAGCUCCGCGGCCGAGCAAUAACAACAGCAACGCCGCUCCUCCGCCGGCGCCGCACCUCCACCCUCCACCUCUUCCUCUGCCCACGCUGCACGAGGAGCAGGGUGAGGUGGAGAUCACGUUGACGCCGGUGGAGCUGCACGUCAACCCGCCGCUGCCUUCCACCUCCGCUGCUCCUGCCUCCUCCUCCUCUGUCUGCUCCAUCACCGUGAUGAAGGGCGAGGAGGAGGAGACGGGAGAGAGCACUUCCUCCUCAAAGAGAGAGGGACACUAGCUUUCUUCCUCCUCGUCUUUUUUAUCACUCAGCUUUUACCUCACCUGCAACAAAGCCCCGCCCCCUUUACCUUUCCUCUUCCUUAUUGGUGGAAAUCCCAGAUUGGCGCCAGCAGAGAGCCAAUCGAGGAGGAUACAUGAAGCCAGAACCUCGACGCGCCGUCCUUCCAUCGGCUCUCAUUGCACUUGUUAACAGACGCUGUUAGAAACCAGCGAUUCUUUAUCUGCAUGUCCGUCCGUCUGUCUGUGUGUCGACUGGAAACCAGAAGAACGACUCCUCAGGUGGCCGGGCCUCAAAUCAAACCUCUUCCUUCCUUCCUUCCUCCCUUCCUUCCUUCCUUCCUUCCUUCCUUCCUUCCUUCCUUCCUUCCUUCCUUCCUUCCAUCCAUCCUUCCUCGCCUCCUCGCAUCCUUCAUCUCCAGACUUCUCAUUUACUGUGCUGAGGUUUGGUCGUCUACUGCGUCGCUUCCGCUGCUUCGGGAUCAGUCAAUUUAUCGUAGAAUAUAAACAAAUAAAAGAAAAGCGUGAUGUAAAGGAAGGAGGGUAAGAAAAGAGGAAGAGGGGAAGGAGACAUGUACGCAGUACGGAAUCAGGCUCCAGACGGACUUCAGCCUGGUGGAUGGAUACAGAAGGUACUACGGGUCAGAGCCUUGUAAAGGCUCUUUGUGCUAAAUAUGAAACAAAUGACCUCUUUAACGGAGCUCAGCCUCGAUUCACCUUCACUUCACGCCAUGUAGAUGUAGAAAAAAAAAAACAUUUGCAACUGUAGGGCAAAAUACGACUAUAUAGUAUGACUAUAUAUAGACUAUAUAGUAUUAGGCACGUUAAGGGAAGAAAAUAUCUGAGAUUUCGAGAAUACAAAUUAAUUUCCUCCUCCACAAAAGAGUCAGUUUCCUCAUCAGGUCCGUGUGGUUCUUUCUUCAGAAUAAACAGUUUUUGCUCAAUCUUUUCAAGGUCCUGAUACUGAUGAUAAUGUGGUGCUGAUGUGCGAAAGAUGAAGUAUAAAGCCAAAGCCUAAACCUAAACUAAAGUAUAACUUUACAAGAUGCUCCACGUUCUUCAUUUUCACGCUAUUUCCCCUCUAAAAUAACACGUCAAAUUACUACUUUAUAAGAUUAUGACUUUAUUCCCAUAAUAUUACGACUUUUUUCUAGAAAUCUCAGGUUUAUUUAUUGUUCCUCAGUGUGGCCCUAAUACUCCAUCGUAGCAAUAAAACAGGAUGUUUUGAAGCCUGUAAGAGUGUUGUGGAGGUGAAGAUGAAGUCCUGAAUCGAAGCUCGGCUCUGCUCUGCUCUUUAAAGAGUUCCUCUGUUCUUUGGUUUGUUGUGUUCGUGUUGGUUUCGUAGAUAUUUCUGAUUGUGUGUGUGUGUGUGUGUGUGUGUGUGUGACAAAUAUCAAUG